AUGAAGCCUGCACCAUUAGUUUUUGGAUUAAUUAUUGUUUUCAUGGUGAACAAUAUCCAUGCUGUGAAUGAGACGAAAGAAGAAUUGUCGGAAAAAACGUACAACGACUUGUACAAAACCAGUUAUGAAGUCGCACUCUCGUCUCAAGACUUCAGGAGUCUUAGUUCAGGAGCACCAAGCCAUGUCCAAGAGUAUUGUCACCAAGUCCUCGUUGAAUACGCCGAAGCAUUGGCUAGUAAACUGCUGCAGUACAUUUUCAACGAUUUGACCGGAGAUAGCUAUUACUUGGAUAACUUGAAUGAGUUGUUUUACAAGGAGCAUCAUGAUACAGACGGGAUGAGCGAAGACGACGUAAUAAACGAUUGUCUGAACGGCGUCGAGGGUGACUGCAAGAUACCGGAAAUGCUCGAAAAGUCACGCGAGCUCGAUGAAAAGAAAAUUAAAUUUGAUUCUUUGCGAGAACAAGCAUCACAAGCCAUACGAGUAUCCAAAUAUUUCGAAUCAAAUGAAAACGGCUCAAUGUUAGCUCAAAAUUUUCAUUUAAAAAUAUUGGAGUGUUUAACAGAAGAAGCGCCAGAAUUAGAAGGCUCGCUAUUCUAACGAAUAAAUACUGAAUCAUGUAAUGAAAAAAAAAAAAAAAAAUUUUUUUAAAUCAACGUUUUUUUGUA